UGUAGACUGUGUCAUAAAAAUGAUAAAUAUGCUUGACUUUAGUGAUACAGUCUAAAUAUUGACGGAAGAAGAGAAGUUGAGAAUUUGGAACGCACAAGAGCGCAACUAAAGUAUUUUAUAACUCUCACAUGGUGCUUCUAGAUAUCAAUAAUCGGGACAUAAUGAGUGAGGCAGAUAACUCUGUGUACGAGAACCCAAUGUGGGAAAAUGCCAGAAAGGCACUGGAAGCUGUGUCCCCACAGAAAGGACAAAACAAUCAUGACCAGGGAGAUAGCAGUGGAAAUGUGAUGAAUAAUGCCAGUACUAUGAGCCCACAAGAGAUGUAUUAUCAUCAGCUGAAUAACUACAAACAGUCGUUCGGUCCCAGACCACCGCCGUUUGGAGGUGGUCCACCUGGCUAUGGAAUGCCUCCACAGAAUUUUCCAAGACCCGGAUUCCGAGGUCCACCACCACCAUUUGGCAAUGAUUGUCCACCAGACCAGUCUCAAGGAUUUAAUCCUAGGUUCAUGCCAGGCCAGCAUCGACCUUUCUUUCCACCAAGAAAUAUGCAACAAAAUCCAAAUGCUGGCGGCAUAAGGUUUAAUAUUCCCAAGCGAAGCAAGAUACAACAGUUUGAGCAGAAUGGAAAUAUGAAUGGUAAGUCAGGGCAUGAAGAAAGACCAAGGUUUACCGGGGGUCAACCUAACAGAACCCCUCCAUUCCGUCCCCAGGUCCCACAGGAAAGGCCAAGAUUUGCUGGUGGUGGACAGCCGUUUGAUUUUCCUAAUGGCAGUAUGGACUACACAGAAAGGCAGCACAAUUUUGAAAACCAAAGUCCUUGGAACAGUCGCAAGAACAACUCCAACACUGAGGCACAAGAGCAGCCCCCUACGUCACUCACAGAACCUAAACAAACUGAGGGGAAAAGCAUCAGUGAGGCAGAGGCCAAAGCACAGAUGGCAGCUACAACUGACUGGCCACCAAACCUCAGGAACUGGGUUCAACGAGCAUUUGCAAGUGUUCCCCCAGAGAAGAAGGAUAAGAUGGAGGGCAUUCUGAAGGUUCGCCUUACUGCUGCAUUCACAGCUGGCACAGCCUUCCACACGGACUGGGACAAAAUGCCUCUACCAUUUGAAGAGAAGAGUCAGUCUGAUCCAGCUGUUAAGAAAAGUCGGUGGGAAGCAAACCCUGUCGGGAGAGGACGGGCCACACCCAUGUCACCUGCAGGUUUCCAUGGUGCUCAGAGAGGUAGGGGCAGUCCAUUCAAGCGAGGUCGCGGAGUAACCAGUGCCAGAGGUCGGGGUUUCAGUCAAAGAGGUGGAAUGCGAUACAGCAGGUCCCGGUCACGGUCCAGAUCUAGGUCUUCCAGGUCAUGGACAAGAUCACGCUCAAGGUCAUAUUCCAGAAGUAGGUCAAGGUCCCCAGACAGACGAAGAAGAAGAGUGUCUUCCCCAGGUCGAAGUCGUCGCAGGUACCGAUCUAGAUCACGUAGUAGAUCUAGGAGUCGCAGCAGCUCUCUCUCAAGUCGAUCAUCACAUACAGAUUUCAUUCCAUUCUCUAGUGGAAAGAAAACUGGAGGUCGUGCAGGGAGAGGUAGGGGUCAGCAUGAGAGGGCCCGGGGUCGUGGUAGGGGCCAGAAGGGCAGAAAGGGUUUUGAAGAAGAGCCCAUGGAUGCCUUUCAGCAGCAGGCUCUGACAUCAAGCCAGAAGAAGAAGGGCAAACAGAAGAACAAAAAUCAGAGGGGGAAAGGCAAAAACCUUGGUGGGAUCCAGUUGGAGGUUGAUGGGCAAUCUUCAGAGAAGCUUAUGUCACGGGCCCGCAGGUUUGGUGACCAACUUGAGUCCUCCAAGCCCAGGACCAAAAUCACAAUUGCAUCCUCACUCAACCCGAUCAAUGAUUCCGAUGAGGAUAGCAACAUGGAUUGGAGCUCCUACCAUAUUGUGGGCACUUGUCAGGACCUGGAGAAAAAGUACUUUAGAAUGUCAGGGCAUCCUGAACCAAGCAAGAUUCGGCCAGUGGAGGUUCUACGCCGCUCCAUUGAGAUGGUAAAGAAAGACUGGGCUGAGAAGAUGGACUACCACUAUGCCUGUGAACAGAUGAAGACUAUACGCCAGGAUCUCACCGUCCAGGGAGUGCAAGACGAGUUCACUGUCACCGUGUACGAGACACAUGCUAGAAUUGCCAUGGAAAAGGGUGACCAUGAGGAGUACAACCAGUGCCAGACCCAGCUCAAGAACCUGUACAGCCAGGGCCUUUCCGGGAACCGGCUAGAAUUCACCGCCUAUCGCAUUCUUUACUAUAUAUACACUAGCAACCUUGGCGAUAUCAACUCUGCUCUCACAGACCUGAGUCAGGCAGACAGGAAGGAUGAGUGUAUAAAACACGCACUUGAUGUGCGCUCAGCCUGGGCCCUUAAUAAUUACCACAGAUUUUUCCAACUCUAUCUUAAUGCCCCUAAAAUGGCAGGCUAUCUCAUGGAUAAAUUUGUGGGAAGAAUAAGAAAGGCUGCUCUUAAAUCAGCAGUUAAAGCAUACCGCCCCACUGUGCCUGUAGAGUUUAUUACCCCGGAGCUUGGCUUCUCAGACAGGGACGAGUGUCUCGAAUUCCUUAAAGAAAUGAAUAUGACGGUGACUAAAGAGAAUCAAAUUGACUGUAAAGCUAGUGCAGCUGUGGCUAAUGCAUUAUGAUGCUGGAAAUUAAGGUAUUAGGACUGUUAAUAAGUAAUAAGUAUGAGUGUUUCACCUUCAGAAUUCAAGCCGAUUGAAGGUUGAAGAUGCAAACAGCAGCCGAAGAUGGAAAUUAGGGUCGAGUUGAAAGUCUGUAUUCAAGGGUAUUAUAAGUAUUCACAUGAAUAAGGGAGGAAAUAUCUCUGGAGAUGGUAUAUGAUCCUGCUGGAGAGCUGUUCAUGGGUAGUUUCUACUGUUUGCUGCCCUUAGCUGUCCUGUGGGUCACUCUUGUCAAGUCCGUAGGCCCAACCUGUUCCAGUCCUAUAGGUCAAUGUUGGUCAGAUAGCAGAUCCAUUUUCUAAGGCAAAUUGUAAAAAUUCUCCUUUGCGUCAGUAGUACCAUGGCAUCUUGUAAGAGGAAGUAGGUAGUCUAGUUCGAAGAUCGUAUCAAGAAAAUACAAUGGACAGUGCAAGCAUCAAUGAUGUCUGCAGAUCAUUAUCAAGAAUUGAAAAAUGAGUUAAGAGGUUUGAAGGCCAUAAAUAACCUUCAGUACAGGAAAACUACAUCAGAAUGUGGCUUCUUGGAAUAACCACUGCACAGUGCUGCGAAGCAUUAUUGGCAGGAGAUGAGUUAUUGCUUUGGUGCCACAGGAAACAAACUGUCUGUAGGAUUUGGAAAACCAAGCCAGUUAGUGAAAUUAAAGAUAUGGGGACUCUUUUUUCCUGAAUGAUUAAAUGAAAUUAUGUGAAUAAGUCAAAUCACAGAUUCAUCAUUUCAUCCACCUUUCUUACAAUCUUGGAGCAAAGAGGCAAAGAUGUUUAAGAAUGAUAGCAUUAUUGUCAUACCAGACUCAAACCAGGUGAAAUGGACUAAAUUUAAAAUGGAAAUGUUCCUCAAAGGUGGAAACAUACCACCUCAUCUGGAUGAGAAUAAAAACAUUACUUCAUCUACUUAUAAAAGUAAGGAGAUCUACAAGGCAAGUGGUACAUAGGUUGUCAACAUGUCUUGUUCCCUCCACUCGAGGCCGGGCCUUUGUUCCUGAUAUAUUUCUUCUUUCAGUAUUCUAGAUUUCAGCUUUCAGACCGGGUCGUCAUCUUCAGCUAUAGCCAAAUUCACCAUGCUAUAGGCCUGUGGACUUCAACCGUAAAUCCAGGUCCACGACACCUGCUAGAGCCACGUCCAUGGCACUAGUUUCAACCUAGUCCAUGGCAUCCGUUAUAUCAACGUCCAAUGCACCUGCUACAGCCAUGUUCACUUCAUCCACUACACCAAGAAAUCCAUUUCUCAUGGUACAAGCCCGCAGUGUCAUGCUAGACAAAACGUUUGUGCAAAGCUUGUUGUGUUUGGCACAGUGUACAACAGUUACUCACCACCUGUUGUGGAAAACUGACAAUGGACUCCAAAGGGAAAAGGAUUUUUCUUGAUGUAUGCGUAUUAGAGACAAAUGUAUUCAAUGGAUUUUACCAUAUUAAAUACCAAAGUCUUUCAUAUGAUUGAAUAUAUCUUUUUUGUUGUAGAUAAUAGAUAACUUCCAAAUGAUGAAGUCAUUGUUAUGGAGGAAGAUUAGUUAAAUGUAUUCCAUAUUUUAGGACGAAAUAAUUUGCUGGUUUAUAGUGCAAGAUAUUUUGAACUUUGCAAACACUGCAGAGACGAACACUGUCUUUUGGUAAGUAUCUCUCAUGUCUCUACAGGGCUUGUAAGCUUCAAAAUUCACACUGAAAUCGGACUGUACAUUAUUUACACUUUCAUUGUGUUAAGAAUUUCAUUGUAGUAGACUUGAUUUUUAAUGUAUUUGGUUGCUUGAACAUUUAAACAAUUUAUUAAAAAUAAUUCAUAAGCUCUUAGAUUAUUUUUUUAUAUUCUACUGUUUUAAAUGAAGAGACCAGAGUUCAUGUUAUUAAGAUUUUUUGUUAAAGGUAUCAAUCUUUGUAAACAUUUAAUUCCGGGUUAAAUUUCAAAUUAGUUGUAAGUAACGUAGCAGCAUUUUUUAUUGUACAAAUUUUAAGAAAUUCAAAAUGUCCAGGUAAUUAAACAAAAUAUCUAUAAAAUGAAUUUUUCGCCGUGUGUGGUGGUAAAGUAAGGUAUCAAGGUUGUUGACCAAUCACCUCGACAAUUGGAACAUUUUUUGCUUUUUAUAUAAUGUUUAAUGAAUGUUGUAAAUACUGUAAAAUAAACUCGAAAGUGCUA